AUGAAGCCGUCCUCGAAGAGCCAGCUCAGCAAUGAAGAUGACGAGAAGUGUCUUCUUGCGAAUCUCCAGUAUCGGCUUUCCUUGCACUGCUGCCGCGUGUUGGCUCAACUUACGGCACACACUGGCAAAUCGUUUCUUACCCUGGCGAAGCGAGGACGCUCCCCACCACGCUCAGAGGCAGAAGGCGAACAUGCUGAGGACGCCGGAAAAUGUGAUGAGUUCAGCAUGCACGAGGAGGCCUAUCGUUCCGUCCUCAGCGCCAUUGCGGCCUCAUGUACACUUGGGCAUCGUUCCUGUCAUGCUCUAUGGGGCCCGCGUGGGUGUGGCAAGCACCGCAUUCUUCGCCUCGUGGCGAAAGAGUUCAGACAGCGUGAAAGGACACUUGUUUUUUACCUCGAUGGUGAUACUCUGAACGGCGACGAAGAUGGCCUGCGCUCCAUUGCGGACCAACUUCUCGAUUUUUUGAAACGCCCACAAUCGGCACAACUACGCGCGGCUGACUGGUCCUUGCGUACGGGAAGCUUUGAUUUUGGGUCUCUAUUUGGCUUCUCAAAGUUGCUGCAGCAGGACCUUGCUGAGUCUGAGGUUCAAGAGAGUGACGAUGACAGUUCCAACUUGCUAGCACGAAAGAGGGCUGCAGCUAACCGGCAAAAAAAAUCCGGGAAAGAAAACGACAAGAAAGCGACAAGAAAGCGGGCUCGUCCGCAAUCGCCUGUUGACUCGGAGAGUGAAGGUGGAAAAAUGGACGGCGAGGAAGGCUUGCUAUUGAUGACGUCAACUAUGGCGUUGGCUACGGGUGGUGUUUCGAGUGCCUUGCCAGCCUUGCAGCGAGCGCUUCUUUUGAUGAAGAGUUACGGCACAAAUCUUGUUAUUUGCAUCCGUCGCGUGGAACGCUUUGGGAUUUGGUGUGAUCAACUUCUGUAUGUGCUCUCUGGGCUUAUGCAUGAGAGUGAUGGUCGAGGCGGUGGCAUGUCGCUUGUCAUGACUUCAUCUACGCCCGAUAUUCGGCAGCUGGAGAAACGUCUCUCGAGCCGACUUACUUGUGAGACACGCUGCAUCCCAUUGCUUCCGUGGACUGCUAGUCGUGUGGCUAGGGCCUGCCUAGUAGAGGUGAGAGAAAGCUUGCAACACCGUAUUGAACGAAGGGUAGCGCUAACGAAGAACAAAGGCAGGAAUAAAAAAUCCUCUGCCUCUGAAGUUCCGUUGGGGACCGAGAUGGAUAGCCUGGUUCCUCCUCACACGGGAUGGAGCUUUGAUGUCCUGAGCGGCGCACAGGAAGUAGUAAACCAGCAAGUGAAUACGACAUUGUGUGCAUCCACAGCAUCACCAUCUCAUCUCACGCAGUUGCUGGAGGAAACGAUGCUAGGGAUGCUGACAGCUGUCCUCACAGAAAUGGACGACGUCAGCCGCGCUGAACAUGAGUCGGUGGAAGGCGCUGUUUUUGUGCGACGCGUUGCGCGAGUUUCUAAGGAUCUGAGGAGUAUUGCUGCCACAGCAGGAAGAGUGGUGGCGUCUGUCUCGUCUGUUUUUGGCGAAGUUUGUUCUGGGCGCCUUGUGUUCCUUAACGAGAAGAGCCGUCGCGGCAUGUUAUUAUGGCUGAAAAGCAGGUUGAAAGAGAGUGGAAGCGACAAAAGCUUGCGGGAGACCUUUGCUACUGCCCCAGAAGCGGUACGGACGUUAUGGUUAUCGACUUCUUCCGAGAAACCCGCUCGGAAUGCAAGAAAGGCGGCUGCAGCAAUGGCGACGACAGCGGCUUCGCCCUCUCCUUUAUGUAGGCAACCGCUAUUGUUUGACGAUCUGCUUACGGAUUGCCGUCUUGUGGAACUCGGGUAUUGCUCCCGCGAAGCAUUCUUUGUUCUGUUAUACGUGUACUUGCGACACGAGGCGGGAGUGGCGCGAACCGUUGUUGACCUGUUAGAGGACGUCUCAUCUUCUAUGGGGACCCAAGCAGCCGCAGCUCUUGACCGUGCGGCUUUUCACGCCGCCAUUGCCGCAUUGAGCCGUUGGCGGGUUCUUAGCGUCGCCGGACGAAGUGGCACCGGUGUAGUUUCACUACGCGGUAGUUCGGCGAGACUUCGGGAAUUCCUACAGUCAGUUUUGCGUCAGGCGAACUACUGUGGCUCUGUGUUGGGCCUGGAGGCGAAGGAACUGACAAGGCUGCGUAGUCUUGUGUGA